UUCCAACGGAAAUGCAGCGAAAGAGAAAUGAAUGAAAUGAGCGACGAAGAGGGAGAAGCGACCUGACGACAGCAGGUAGAGGUGGUGAAAGGGAUGGCGUCUCCCGCCAGUACCCUGAAGAGCGACCGAUCGGACGGCCAUGCAAGUCAAGUGAUCGAGCUGCAGGGCGGUCAUGAGGUGGAUCGACUGCUGUGGCGUUACCUGCAGCAGGGAACCGACAUCAUGCUCCAACAUGUGUCGGGGAAGAUCCGUCGACGCCUUGACAACAUGAGCAAGAGCCUCGACUACCUUGAGAGCAACACAACCAUGCUGCUGCAACGCCUGAGGAGGAAGGGGACGCAGCAGCCAGUGGACGCUGUUGAAGGAUCAGACAACGACACUUGCUCAGUCAUGUCCUCCGACGACACAAGCAAACCUGAAGGAGGCACCGGCAGAGAGCUGGUGGUGGCCUGUCGAGGAGCUGACGGUGCGUUGAGCACGCGCGUCAAUGUGCGGGAGUCCGAUUCAUGGAGCGACGUGAGGAGCGCGAUCGAGAAGUCUCUAAGGACCAGCCACAACAGGGGCAUACAGAAGAUUUUCUUCCAGGACCUCACAGGGAAUUUGAUCUCUCUGGACUCCGAGUCCUCCUGGACCCUCUGCAAGUCCCUUCAGUCCCUCAAGGAGCAGCGGCACAUCUCGCUCGUGAUCAAGGACCAGGACAAGCCGUCAGCCCUCCGGCAUCCGUUGACGGCGAGCAGGCCCGAUGACGCUCUCAGCGCGCAUGUGCCGAGCGGAGACUUCCUGCACGCGCAAGCGCACGGUGCAGUGGUGCUUAAGGACGAGAUAAGGAACCAUUCGAGCUACGACGCGCCGACUCGCUCCAACUCCGACCCGGGGAGGGCACGUCUGCUGAAGCUCAAGCCGCC